GCAACUUUGUGCUUAUCGCCACACGCCACUCUCAAUUUGACAUCUUUACAAACGUCAAUACGUUUUCGCAACAAGAAAUAAAAGUUUAUAUUUUACUUAAAUUAAAUAAUAUUUCAAUCAUAAAAUAGCAUAUCCAGUUAUAAAAAACUAAAGUCGUGUUAAGCGGCUAAUAUAGAAACCAUAUUAAGUGCAGUGUUAUUUGCGGAAGUAAUUUGCAAAAUUAAACAAUGGCGGAUCCACUAAGUCUGCUACGGCAAUACAAUAUAAACAAAAAAGAAAUUAUUGAACGUGAUAAUCAAAUAAUCUUUGGCGAAUUUUCAUGGCCAAAAAAUGUGAAAACAAACUAUUUAAAAUAUGGUUCUGGCAAAAAAGGAGCACCACGCGAAUAUUACACGUUGGAAUGUUUACUAUAUCUACUUAAAAAUGUUAUGCUGCAGCACUCGGUGUAUGUACGACAAUGUGCUGCCGAAGACAUACCUGCUGUCAAUCGUCCUGAUCGUAAAGAGUUACUUGCCUACCUUAAUGGAGAGAACUCAACUUGCGCCAGCAUAGACAAAAGUGCGCCACUUGAAAUUCCCACGCAAGUCAAGCGGCCCGCAGAUGGAGAUGGACCAGGUGGCGAUUCACUCGCAAAGAAGGCACGCUUCGAAGAAACCCAAGUGCAAAAAGUGCGUGAACAACUGGCUGCACGUUGGGAUGUCAACAAAAAAGAGACCACUGUCAAUAUCGACAAUAUCAAAUCGCUCUCAGAAACGAUGUCUGUGGAGAAAAUUGCUGCCAUCAAAGCGAAGCGUUUGGCCAACAAACGUACCACCAUUAAACGCACUGACAAUGAAGAUGCGAUGGCUACAGAUUUACGUGCCAUACUUGACUAUGAUGUAGAUUCAACGAAACAUAUAAUAAGCCGCGAGCGGCAGUGGCGAACGCGUACCACUAUACUACAGAGUGCGGGAAAGAUGUUUGCAAAAAAUAUAUUCGCUAUACUGCAAGGUAUAAAGGCGCGUGAAGAGGGCAGAAAUAGACCGGCAGCUCAACAAGCUAUCAAGAUGCCAGAACCGGCACGGAUUGCGAAACCGCAACCACAGUUGACGCAGUACAAUCGUUAUGAUCAGGAACGCUUCAACAGACAAAAAGAAGAAACGGAGGGCUUUAAAAUCGACACACUGGGUACUUACCAUGGUAUGUCUCUGAAAUCUGUGACUGAGGGUUCACUUGCGCAACGUAAGGCGAAUAUGACACCACAAAUACCUGGCCGCCCCAAGGAACUUUUACCUACAGCUCAAGCUCGACAAGUAGCACCAUCGACACAGAAACGAGUUUCGCGUACACCCAUAAUUAUAAUACCUUCCGCUAAUACCAGCCUAAUCACCAUGUACAAUGCCAAGGACCUUUUGCAAGACCUGAAAUUUAUCUCAACAGAAGAAAAGAAGCGUGCAGGUGGAGCACGAGACAACGAAGUCUUAUUGCAGGUAGGUGGCCAAGACGAAAAUGUGAAAAUAAACUCGCUAAUAGCGUAUUAUACAUUUAUUAUAUUUUUCCAACUUAAGCGCAAACGAAACAAUCAAACUGUACCAUAUCGCGUUAUUGAUAACCCGCAAAAGCUUUCGGCCCAAGAUUGGCAACGUGUCGUAGCAGUGUUCGUAAUGGGACCAGCUUGGCAGUUUAAAGGUUGGCCUUGGGAUGGAAAUCCUGUGGAAAUAUUCUCCAAAAUUUGUGCUUUUCAUUUACGCUUCAGCGAACUAAAACUGGAUACCAACGUUUCGAAGUGGUCGGUGACAUUGCUGAAUCUUUCGCAAAAUAAGCGACAUUUAGAUCGUGCUGUUUUAAUGACGUUUUGGGAAACUUUGGAUAAAUACAUGGCUAAAAAUAAGCCGGAUCUUAGAUUUUGAAUCUUCUGUAAAAUAUCUACCCGCAUAUGCAGCGUAAAUUCCUCUUCCACUACACAAUACAAUUUCUUUUGUGGAAGGAAGUGUAAGACUUGCUUUUUUUGGUGUCUUUAAUAAAACAGAAAAAAAUAUAUAUUAGCUAGUAGUGAAAUUAUUUUAAAAUAACCUCGAAAAUGUUAUGUAUUAUAUCUUCGGCUACUUGGAAACAACACUACUGCUCAUGGCCACCUUUCAGUGCACAGCGUGCCGACAUGAUUAAAUUGUUAACAGCUCACAUCGUUCGAAUAUAUGUACAUAUACAUAUAUUUGAAUUGAAAAGUCAUCGAAGACAAACAUUUUUGACUUAAAAGAAGACAAGAAACCUAGUUUGCGAAAUGCGUAGUGUUUGCGUCUGUUUAAUGCAAACCAAAUAUUAAAUUGUUUAUUGUAGCUAUUUAAAGAAGAGUUGAACAAUUAAAAUACCAAUAGUUUUAUAAACAAA